GCGGGGCCCUUUUCGUGCCAUCCCCUCUGUCCCGCGGCCUAGUCAAAAAACAACCCAAAGCAAGCUAAAAAUGACGGCAAAACAAUCUACUCGGUAACGCACGCUUUCCGUACGUAGGGGUACGACGUUUUCGCAACCGCAAUCCGGUCGAUAAAGCGCACCUCACGUACGACAAAGAGAGCAAGUGAUUGGAGUUGCAGAGCCAUAGCACCAUCGUUCCAAUCCUGGCACAAGUCGCAUCGCGGUGGAGAGAAUAAUGGCUCAAAAGGAAUCGGCACACACCACCGGCAGCGUCGACGGCGACGGCGACAGUGGCCCGACGGCUAGCAGUACCAGCACGAAAAAGUCUCUGUACACCCAACGGAUGCUGUCGGCGUUCGAUAUGCAAAGCUUCGUAAAGCAGGCGAAUCGUUUCAGUGCUGCUGCGACGUCGGCCACUUCCAGCGAGGAUGAGCAACACCAGUACUCCGGCUCGUCGGACGAGUCGGAAGAGUUUGGCAGCAAGUUCUUCCACCAGGCGGCGGCCCGUUCAUAUCGGGAACGUAUGUUCGACUUCAGCACAGUCGGGCCCGAGCGUAUGUGGUUGAAAAAUUUGCUGCUCUCCGAAACGGAAACCGAAAGCGAAAUAUCGGACGUAGACGAAUACAUUCACGAAAUGCUCAAGAACCAUCUGCGCGAGAAGAAAAUUCGGGAAAAGUACAACGAUUCGUCGCAAAACUCGCAGUACGGCUAUUACUCCGCUGGUUUGUUAUCGGAUAAUGACCUCUUCCCCGACCAUCGUCGCACCAUAGCGGGAAAGCGAAAGUGCAAGAUCGAUCAUGGCACCGGUAAGACGAAGGGCGUUAGGAAAAAGCUGAAACACUCCAAGAAGCGCAGCGGCGUCGAGGGAAGCAGCUACCCCGCCGAAGGCACCUCCAUGCGAAGCUCCAUGUUCGGGGACAAGAAGAGCAAGAAGCUGCUACAUCUAAAGCGUGGCCGACCACCAGCGGCUAGGUCUUCGGACGGCAGUACCGUGGAGCAUACGGGCGAUCACGACAGCUCGUCCACUGCGGGCGGCAAGCGGGGACGCAAGAUGCGCCUGAAAACGCCGGAAGUGAUGAACAUUCGGCGGCGCAAGAUGUGGCAACUGAUGGCCAAGAAAGAGGUUGGUAAGCUGCAACGGGCAAAGGCAAACAAUCACAAGGACACGAUCACCAACUGCCGACGGGUGGCAGCGCUGUGCAUGCGUGUCGCGCGCCAGAAAGCCAUGCAAUCGCAAAAGCUGAUGAAGGACACGGUCUGGCGGGCGAAGCGGUUGACGCGCGAGAUGCAGGUGUACUGGAAGCGGUACGAUAAGGUCGAGCGCGAAACCAAACGCCGCAUGGAGCGGGAAGCAGAAGAGCAGCGCAAGAUGGACGUGGAAAUUGUGGAAGCCAAGCGGCAACAGCGCAAGCUCAACUUUCUCAUCACGCAAACCGAACUGUACGCUCACUUCAUGUCGCGCAAGCUGGGCAACGUGUCGGCGGAGGAGCAGCUUAAGAUUCUUUCCCAGCUGGACGAGGAAAGCAAUCCGCGGCUGGCUGCGAUCGACAAUUACGACUGCGAGCGGAUGAAGCAGCUGGCACAAAAGAAUGCAACCGAAGCGUUCCGCAGCGAGCGUGCGCGAACGAACCAGUUCGAUGUCCUCCAGCACGCAGAGCCUGCGUCCACGUCGAAGGACUCCCCGGUUCCGAUGGAACAGCCGAACUUGCCGAGCACAACGGAUGAAAUGCCGGUUGCUAUCAAAACCGAAUCGAACGCUGGUAUCGCGGAACUGCCGCAGCCUGCAAUGUUCCAGGGCCAUCUUAAAGGUUACCAGCUGAAGGGCGUAGCCUGGCUGGCGAACCUAUACGAUCAGGGCAUUAGCGGUAUACUGGCGGAUGAGAUGGGGCUCGGCAAGACGGUCCAAUCGAUUGCCUUUCUGUGCCACAUCGCGGAACACUACGGCGUUUGGGGGCCCUUUCUGGUCAUUUCACCAGCAUCCACGCUGCACAACUGGCAGCAGGAGAUGGAGCGGUUCGUACCGGACUUCAACGUGGUACCGUACUGGGGAUCGCCGAACGAGCGUAAGAUUCUGCGCCAGUUCUGGGAGCAGAAGCAUUUGCACACGAAGGAUGCUAGCUUUCACGUGGUGAUAACCAGCUACCAGCUCGUGGUGACCGACUACAAGUACUUCAACCGCAUCAAGUGGCAGUAUAUGGUGCUGGACGAGGCGCAAGCGAUCAAAAGCUCAAGCUCGAUGCGCUGGAAGCUGCUGCUCGGGUUUAACUGUCGCAAUCGGCUACUGCUGAGCGGAACGCCCAUACAGAACAGUAUGGCGGAGCUGUGGGCACUGCUGCACUUCAUCAUGCCGACGCUGUUCGAUUCGCACGAGGAGUUUAAUGAGUGGUUUUCGAAAGAUAUCGAAAGCCAUGCGGAGAAUAAAACCGGCAUAGAUGAGAAGCAAAUAUCACGACUCCACAUGAUCCUGAAACCGUUCAUGCUGCGGCGAAUCAAGAAGGACGUCGAAAAUGAACUGUCCGACAAGAUUGAGAUCAUGGUGUACUGCCCCCUGACCACUCGCCAGAAGCUUCUGUACGUUGCACUGAAAAAGGAGAUCUGUAUCGAGGAUCUGCUGCAUCUCACGACGGUGGGCGGCGGCAACAGCAGCAGCAGUGACGGACAGUCCAUCGACCGCAACUUUACCUCGAAUCUGAUGAACCUCGUGAUGCAGUUUCGCAAAGUGUGCAACCAUCCGGAGCUGUUUGAGCGCCGGGACGUUCGCAGUCCCUUCUGCAUGAAGUGGAACUACGAGCUGGCCGAGCGUCCCAUUUUUCGAAGGCAACUUUUAAUGGACUACACCGUACCGAGCAAGCGGCACUGGCUGCACAAUCGAUUUUAUAUAUUCAAAGCAUUGCAAGUACAAAGCCGGCUGGUGAUGGAUGAGGGCGGACGCAACGUACCUGAGGAUAAGAGGCGAUCGGACCUGUCCAAAGCAAUCCAUUACGAUGACUGGUGCGCACCGUUCAGCUGUGCUCGGCUGGCUGGAGGAUUGUCUCCAGUGCACGUGGAACAGAUUGCACGUCGGAAUGUGUUCUGGUUUUCGUAUCAUUUGAUUCAGGAGUGGAUGAAUUGGAUAUCCGUUCUACACUUUCAAUGGGUGUGGAGAGAUAGACAAAGCGACAGGUGGACGGAUCCCCGUUACCUGCUGCUGGAACCAACGGCGGAACGGUGGACAACGCGCUGCUUUCCAUGGAAAACUAUGGAUCGGCUGUUGUUCACCCAUGGCAGCUCCACAUCAUCCAUUCCGGUGUACACUCACCGCGAUCAUGUACUGCACUUCAUGUCGGAAACACUAGACCAUCGCAUUAUGCGUAGCCGUAAGCAACAAAUUCCGGGCCAACCGUUAAGCCUGCUGCCCGAAAUCCCGUACGUUCCCACGCGAAAGCGUUCGCCUACCGUACUGCCUGAUGAGCCAACCACGAUGCCGAAGUUUCUCUGCCGCCACUACACCAAAGUACUCAACACAUCCGGCUGUACUGGUACGGCCUUGCGCAGAAUGUACGGCAAUCGUGCGUCCCAUGCCGUCUGUCGGUGGAGUUGCAACGAGAAAGCAUUGGCAGCGGAAAGACAGCUUAACGAGCAUGUGCAUGCGUCUUAUCCACCGCACGGAUGGUCCAACAUUAUCAUACCGGACAAGCAAACGCUUGUAUCCGAUGCAGGCAAGCUGGCAGUACUGGAUUCGCUGCUAGCGCGUCUUAAAGAGCAAGGACAUCGCGUGCUGAUAUACUCGCAGAUGACGAAAAUGAUUGAUUUGUUAGAGGAAUACAUGUGGCACAGGAAGCAUCGAUACAUGCGGUUAGAUGGUUCGAGCAAAAUUUCCGAGCGUCGCGAUAUGGUGGCCGAUUUCCAGAACCGAGCAGACAUUUUUGUCUUUCUUCUUUCGACGCGUGCCGGUGGAUUGGGUAUCAAUUUAACUGCGGCAGAUACUGUGAUUUUCUAUGACUCCGAUUGGAAUCCGACGGUGGAUCAGCAAGCAAUGGACCGAGCUCAUCGGUUGGGCCAAACAAAGCAGGUCACCGUGUACCGACUCAUUUGCAAAGGCACGAUCGAGGAAAGAAUAUUGCAGCGUGCGCGUGAAAAAAGUGAAAUUCAACGAAUGGUCAUCAACGGAGAUAAUUUCAAACCAGAUACACUCAAACCAAAAGAAGUUGUUUCACUGCUGCUUGAUGAUGAAGAAAUUGAGCUGAAGUAUCGCCAAAAGACGGAAGAGCGUCGUUUAAUGGAAGAUCCAGUCGCGAAAUCAGCAAAAGAUCGUAAGCAAAAGCAAACAACUGGAAAGGAAGCGCAAGGCAAAGAUCGCAAGCGAGCGUCAGAAUUGGGAACUGGUUCGUCGUUCGACGAGACUGGUGGUUUCGGUGAUUCCGCUGCUCCAAGUCCGGCGCAAAGCGAACGAUCAAACCUGAGUGACAACACCAGCAAACCGUUGGAUGCGCUAGACGAUUCAAGCAAUGAAGCAUCUACGAUGUCGUUUGACAUGAUACGGGAACGGGACAGUAAAACACGACCGGUGACACGUGGCGGUAGUAAACGCGGAAGGCCUCGCGGUUCUAGGCGUGGCGGCGCUGCCGGUUCUGGAAGUUCUAGACCUAUAGCAACGGAACAACCAAAUGCACCAGACACAGAAACAAGCGCAUCGGGCACAGUACCGGCUGUUCCAUUAGCUGCCCCAGUUGCUACCGUUGCGCAGGUGAGGCGUGGCCCAGGCCGACCCCGGUUAAAAACAAACGGACCCAGCAAUCAGGGCACUCGUGGAUCUCACGCACGACAGACCAUUCGGAUACGAAAGCCAAUUGGUCCCCUUGUAGUACCGCUCGGUAGUCAGUCGGCGAAUGCAAGUGCAGGGAAACGCUUAGUACCGUCCUCUCCACUGUCGUCCAGCACCUCUAGACCGGCUACACCGUCCAGUGCAUCCCAAACUGUUCCAAGCUCAUCACAGUCAUUGUAUAACUCACCUGCCUCAUCCAUAAGCACAACGCCAAAACCAUCGGCACAAACCAGUGCCGCUGGCUCAACCAGAGAUACCUCCCAACACGUUCCUUCCGUUGGCAAUCGACCGACGCAUCGACAACCGACACAACCGAUGGAUAACGAUAGUGGUACAGGAUAUGAUAGUAUUGUUUACCACCCUCACAGUGUCCUCCGUCGUGAACGGCUGGAAAAGCUCGUCUCCAUUAUUAUCUUGCAAUCUUUUUCCUUGCUCUGCCGACCACGAAGCACGAAGACGCGGUCUUCCCCUACUCGACGCCCCAGCACACGAGAAGAGCUGGGGUGGUUCAAUUUGCUUUCUUAUCAAAACCUUCACGGGCAGAGUGUACCGGGACCGAAGAGUACUGCCGGGGCUUUUGUAAGGAUGAUGCUGAAAAUCUCGCAACUGAUUCCAAUAGUAAUAGCCACAAUAACAGCAAGAACAAUGGUAGUGUUUGGAAGGACAGCACUAAAGAUGACCAAUCUAAUGUGUCUCAUCGGCACAAUUGUAGUAAUUUGCUUGAUAGAAUUGAUCGUCGCGCGCGAUAUAUACGGUCACUACGAACACAGCAUGCGGCGCGGUCACCGGGGGCUUCAUCAACAGCACCAGCAACACGAAGAGCAGCAACAGCAGCAGCAGCAAGAGCAGCACCAUCAGUACAACAUUAACCAUAACAGCAAGCACAAUGGCAAUAGCAACUACCACCAAGCCUACUGUGGGAGGCAGGUGAGAUUUUACGAAAAAUCGCACCACUCCAAACACGCCGGCCAUCAUCAGCCGCGCGUGGAAACGAUCGCGAUGAAACACAAGCGUCACUACGCCAGCCAACAUCAGCGCACUAACGCGUCCAUCGGCGGGCUGCAGCACUAUACGCCCGGAUCCUCGUCCUGGCCCGACGGUGCACCCGAGGAGCACGAACAAACGUUUCUGAUGCUGCAGGACGACCAGGACGGGGACCAGCAGCAACACGAUGGCAGUGCGGCACCAGGGCUGAAGCAGCUCAAACAUCACGGCCCGGUGCCGGUGUGGCCCGUCAAGCGGGAGGCGGUGGUCGAGGGCGACCUCAUCCUCGGCGGCCUCAUGAUGGUGCACUCGCGCGAAGAUUCCGUCACGUGCGGCCCAAUCAUGCCACAGGGUGGCAUACAGGCGCUGGAAACGAUGCUCUACACGCUGGACAAGAUCAACGAGCAGGGCCUGGUGCCGAACGUGACGAUCGGGGCCCACAUCCUGGACGACUGCGACAAGGAUACGUACGGGUUGGAGAUGGCGGUCGACUUUAUCAAGGGCUCGAUCAGCAAUAUCGACGACAUCAACGACUACGACAACUGCAGCAAGGGGCACAAGAAGAAAAUCAUUUCCGGCGUGGUUGGGGCCGCUUCGUCCGUGACUUCGAUACAGGUAGCGAAUUUGCUGCGAUUAUUUAAAAUACCUCAGGUUUCCUUUUUUUCUACAAGUCCAGAGCUGAGCAAUAAACAACGAUUCGAAUAUUUUUCGCGAACUAUACCGUCGGAUCAUUAUCAGGUAAAGGCAAUAGUGGACAUCGUCCAGAAGCUGGGCUGGAGCUACAUUUCCAUUAUUUACGAAGAGAGCAACUACGGUAUAAAGGCAUUCGAAGAAUUAGACGAUUUGCUAUCCAAGCAUAACAUUUGCAUAGCUGUUAAGGAGAAACUAGUAAAAGAUUCUGGCGUUGCUGAUACGAUAGCGUAUGAUAACAUAGUACUUAAGCUGUUAACUAAGCCACGUGCUAAAGGUGUUAUUAUAUUUGGAUCAGACCAAGAGGUGGCCGAAGUGAUGAAGGCAGUCCGGCGGCAAAAUGUUACAGGGGUAUUUUCGUGGAUCGGCUCGGACGGAUGGAGCGCCCGCAAUCUGGUGUCGGACGGCAACGAGGCCGAGGUGGAGGGUACACUGUCCGUACAACCGCAAGCCAAUCCAGUGAUCGGGUUUGAAGACUAUUUUCUCAAUCUGACCGUUAUUAAUAAUAAGCGCAAUCCUUGGUUUGUAGAAUUCUGGGAAAAUAAUUUCCAAUGUAAAUAUCCCAACUCACCGUACACGCCGUACAAUAAGGACUACAAGAAGGUGUGCUCGACCACGGAGAAGCUUUUGAAGCGGGAUCUUGACUUUGAAGAUCAGCUGCAGUUUGUGAGCGACGCUGUGAUGGCGUUUGGAUACGCGUUCAAAAACAUGCAUCAAGAGCUAUGCGGCGGCAAACCGGGUCUAUGUGAUGCGAUGAAUCCUACCAAGGGAUCGGAGCUGCUGAAAUAUCUUCGCAAGGCGGAUUUUAUCGGUCUCAGCGGCGAUAGGUUCAAUUUCGAUGUCAACGGCGACGGACCGGCUCGUUACAACAUUAUCCAUUUCAAGCAGGUAGCGCCGGAACGGUACACGUGGAUAAAGGUCGGCGAGUACUAUCAGGGUGAGCUGCGAUUGAAUAUGCAAGAUAUUCAAUUCCGCACGAAAGAUUCCAUGCCACCGGAGUCGGUUUGCAGCAGACCGUGUGAGCGGGGCCAAGCCAAAAAGUAUGUGGAAGGUGAGGGAUGUUGCUGGCAUUGCUUCAAUUGCACACAGUACCAGAUACGAAGUCCAAACGAUGAAACACACUGUGUCAACUGUCCAAGGGGAACGCUACCAGACGUUUACCACGAGGAGUGCCAGCAGAUUCCCGAAUCUUACCUACGGCCGGAAUCAUUCCUAGCAAUUGGUGCAAUGACGUUCAGCUCAUUUGGCAUACUGAUUACCUUCUUCGUUAUCGGUGUAUUUUUGAAACACAACGAUACACCCAUCGUUAGAGCAUCCGGCCGAGAGUUAAGCUACGUGUUGCUUAGUGGCAUAUUGCUCUGCUUCGGUGUGACUUACACGCUGGUUAUCAAACCGAACGAUAUAGUUUGUGGGGUCCAAAGAUUUUGGUCCGGCUUCUCGUUCACCGUUGUCUACGCAGCGCUACUCACCAAAACGAAUCGUAUCGCGCGCAUCUUCAAUGCGAGCACCAAAUCAGCAAAACGUCCGUCUUUCAUAAGCCCGCACUCUCAGCUAGUCAUAUGCGGAAUACUGGUUUCCUUCCAGAUUUUAAUCAAUGCAGUAUGGAUGAUCGUGUCCCCUGCACACGCCAUGCACUACUAUCCCACGCGGGAGGAUAAUCUGUUGGUUUGCAACUCCUACACCGAUGCAUCCUAUAUGAUUGCAUUCUUUUAUCCUAUCUUUCUGAUCGUCAUCUGCACCGUAUACGCCGUGCUGACACGGAAGACACCCGAAGCUUUUAAUGAGUCUAAGUAUAUUGGUUUUACAAUGUAUACCACUUGCGUUAUAUGGCUUGCAUUCAUACCACUGUACUUCGGCACGGCCAAUAAUGUUCAGCUUAGAAUAUUUACAAUGUCCAUGACAAUUAGCCUGUCGGCAACAGUGACGUUAGUAUGCUUAUUCUCACCAAAGCUUUACAUCAUAUUGAUUCGUCCGGAGCGAAACAUACGACAAAGUAUGAUGCCCAUCCGAUAUAGCACAAUAAACAAAACGACCGGUUCGGCACAGUCGUCGGUGAUGGCGGCGGUCAUAGUCACGGCGGCCACGUGCAACGAGAACGAGAAGGUCAUCAAGAAUGCAUCCAACGAAAACAUACCGGCCGCGUACUGAUACACAAAAAAGGUGAAGCUUAAGGGAGGUGCAGGGCAACGCUUCAAAACCAAAACAACACAACAGAGCAACAACAGCUAAAAACUCAUCAUGAGCUCCUAUGGUGGCCGCUAUUAUUGAAAGUUAGUUUUUAACGACCAAUUACAUAAAUUGUGCGACGAGACAGUGGGAGAAACAGAGAUAGUUGGUUUAAUUUUCUAGCCAUGUUUGGAACUCAGUUCGCAUUGCGUGUUAAAUGAGAGAACAUUUACGGGGGAUUAGAAGGGAAUAACAGAGAGAAAUAAUGAAAAAAUAUAAAUAUAUAGUAU